CUUUUGAUCACAGAAGUGAAGGAGAGGGUCUCUGUGUCUUUAUUGUUCCAGAGGAUACGGCUGAGGACGGGCUGCGGUCACGCAUCAAUUUUUACCAGCGGACUUGAAGCGUUUAGUAGGGGAACAUCAUGGCACUUGCAGGAUUACUGAAAAAAGACGACAUCACAGCAGCCGUCCAGGCUUGCCAAGCUCCCGGAAGUUUCAACUACAAGUCUUUCUUCGACCAAGUUGGAUUGGUCGGUAAAGCCUGUUCAGAAGGGGAGAAGGUUUUCAAGACUCUAGACCAAGACAAGAGUGGAUUUAUUGAAAAAGAGGAGCUGAAACGUUUCCUCCAGAACUUCUGCUCAGGGGCCCGAGAGCUCACCGAGGCAGAGACCAAUGCUCUCCUGGCAGCUGGAGACUGUGAUGGAGAUGGCAAAAUCGGGAUGGAAGAAUUCUGCGACUUGCUGAAAUGAAAACGUGGCCUGAACUUCCAGCUGGAUUCAUUUCAUGUUUCUGUCUUAUUUAUUUUGCAUUUAUCUUCCAUGUGUUGCUUUUCAUGUGAUUUGCUUACGAAGGUUUGGAUAAAAAGUCCUUGUAAUUGUUUAAAUCUUAUUUGGGAUUAAAAAUAAACAUCAAAAUUAGCUUCUGUAGCUGAUGAUCAUGAAACUGCUAAA